AUGGCGGACGACGCCGACGGGACGGAUGCGCCCGUCCCGCUCGCGGGUGGGCUCGUGCGAGCGCUCUCGCGCGUGGCCACGGUGAUCCGAGGGAACGAGAACGCGCGCGCGAACGAGGAGGCGAACGCGAGCGCGGCGCCGGCGGAGGCGCUGGAGCGCGCGCCGACAAAGCGCGAGCGGAACAUGGACACGACGGCGACCAAGUUGGACGAGAACGCGGUUCGCGUCGAUGCGUUGUCCAAGACAAAAAGUAAACGGAUGCAGAAGAUACUCGCGAAGCGAGUGGAAGAGGAGGCGGUGGCGAGCGAUGAGGAGGAGGAGGACCCGGCAUUCACGGAGCAUCGCGAAGCCGAAACCGUACCGGAGUACACUUGGACGGCGACGAUGCGCAGACGCCUCGAGAACAACGAGUGUGACGUGGCGUUUGACGAAGAUUCUGAGAUGGCAAAGGCGGCGGAGAAGAGUGAAGGUGCGUCUACCGACAACGACGAAGAAGAAGGCGCAAACGUUCCUUACAGAGGCGGCGAGCCGACGCAGCUGACGAGAAUGAAGAGCAGGAUCAACUCCAUGAACGCACCGACGAAUUCGGCCGGUGCGCCCAUCAGGAACCCAAAUGCGGACUUGAGCGAGAAGCAAGACGUGGUGGAAGAUUCGUACUUUCUAGCCGUCAUGAGCGAUAAACUCCCUGCGUAUAAACGGCCAAGACGACACAUCGCCCGGUUGGAGAAUCUUGAAUCUGCGGUUCUCGACAAAGAUCACAAGCAACUGCCGGUUUGGAGCACCACUAAAAGCGACAUGGAUGUUCUAGGACCGGGGAUUGGUCUGUGGUUUGCUCAGCUGAAAAGACUAGGCAUCGUCUUCUUCGUUCUGUCGUGCCUGGCCUCAGUCUUCAUAGCGCACUACGUGCACCUUGCGAAAACAAACACGGUCGACAUCGAUCCCGAGAUAAAGACAACGCUCGGUAUGACCGCAGUGAGUACGUAUGCGAGCGUUUACGGCGUUGACAUUCGAACAAUUAUGGCUUUUCUUUCUUGUCUGGAUGUUUUCAUCGUCCUGUGCUUCAUGGCGGUGGGCUCGGGUCUCGCUCGCAGUAUUCGCGCGUUCGUCAUCCGAGUCGACGAAGCGCUGCUCACUCUCUCCGACUACUCGUUGCAGGUCGAUGGGCUACCGAACAACGCUACUGAAGAAGAGGUCCGUGAGCAUUUCGAAGAAUUUGGUCCUGUGGCGGAUGUGGUCAUCGUGCGUGCGUUCGGUAGACUGCUACGAAUGCGCAUGGCGCGGGCUCGUCUCUUUAAAAAAGCUGAAAUUUUGAAAGCAGAGCUAAGCGCAAUGAGGCACAAUCUCCGCAAGAAGGGAGAGUCACUCGAAGAAAAUCGUAGCUUCAACCGUAAAUGGAAGGAGUUUUAUAAAAUUCGUGACGCCAUCAUGGAUUUGAAAGAAAAGAUUGACAAAACAGCUCAAAUGCCGUUUGAUGCGUUCGAUGUCGUCACUGCCUUCGUUACUUUUGAGCAAGAAACCGACAAGCUUGCAUGCCGGGAUGAAUAUUUCGCCUACUUCAACUGCUUUAGAACUGAGCGCACAAUGUUUCGCGUUGAAAAGACGAUCUCAGAAAACGGCCAGGAAAGCAUGACGUAUCACUACCUCAAAGUGAAACAAGCCGGCGAAGCGUCCGAUAUCCUGUGGGAAAAUAUGACAAAUGUUUCGUGGAAGAAUUACUUGAUUCGGCGCUCGACCGCGGCGCUUGGCAUCAUCACUCUCCUCGUCGGCGCCAUUGUUCUUGUCGUACUGACGACGACCUGGUCAAAGGCUGGGGCACAACUUGUCGUUAGCUGCAACGGACUCUACACAUUAAAUGGGAACAAAAACUUGUACUGUCCGGCCAUCUGGGACCUCGACAAGGACCUUUCGUCAGCCGAUCUCAGAGUCAUCUCAAACGAGAACUUCAGAUCACAGAUCGACUCCUCCGAUUGCCACAAGUACGUCGAGUCCGCAGUUUGGUCUUAUGAUAUGACUCAAUAUUCUCCAUACUCCGCGGCAAUAUACUCAUCUUCACUGACUACUGAACAAGCUCGAACCGCUGGAUAUAUGGACGACAAGUGGAACGGUGGUCUGGAUUCGACGACGACCGCGGACGAAUGUGCGGCGAAGGUCUGCUACGAUUGCAUGUGCCAAUCCGCUGCGCUUUCGGGGUCAGUGUCGGACGUCUGUCGAGACUACUACUACGAUCAAGUCGUCAUAAUACUUUUCGAAGUUGGUCGUCUCACAAUUACGGCUCUCACUUCGAUCACUUUACUGUGGGCGUCAGCUAAAUUUGCGCUCUUUGCUCGCUUCAAGACUGUUUCUGCCACGGAACGAGCGACGAGUAGGUACGCCUUCUACACCCUACUGACGAACGUUUUGAUCCUGCCGUUGCUCGUGAACAUUGACAUUGAAGGCUUGGAAAACUUCCCCAUCCUUUUCAGAGGUAGUCAUCAGGACGUCACCCUCGAUUGGUAUGCUCUUGUCAUGAGGUCCAUAAUGAUUUCCGCUUUCAUCAACGCCUGCUACUUCGGUCCUUGGCGACUCGUCGGGGCUUGGGUUCAGCAAUUUUCUCGAUACACUACGUCUAAGUGGUGCAAGACGCAGCAAAAAUUGAAUGGAUUGUACGCGAGACCAAAGUUCACGCUAGCUGAGCGAUACGGGCAGAUGAUGACUGUCAUAUUUUCCACCGUCGUGCUCUUUGCCGCUGCUCCGAUUCUCAUCCCCGUGGCGGCGCUAUAUUGCUUACUCUCCUACUGGUCCGACAAGACGCUGAUUCUGAGAUACUGCCGCUUCCCGGCACUGUACUCCCACACUUUGGCGCAGCAGUUCCUGUUUUACUUCCCUUACGCAUGUCUGGCGCACUUUGCGUUUGCGGCGUGGGUAUUUUCGCAGUGGGACGUCCCGUCUUACUUUCUCGAAUCUCUCGAUGGGUGGGACGAGAGCCUCCAAUCUCAGAACGAAGCCGACUUCUGGUCGAUUCGAGCGAACAUGACGAGAUACGCGCAAUUGGAUUUCGAAGAACGCUUCUACCGCGUCAACGGACUGAUCCAGCUGAUUCCUCUCUUGAUAUAUGUUGCUUAUCACUUGAUCAAGUCGUUUCUGAGUGGUUUGGGAAGAACCAUGCUGUACGUGCUCGGUUGCGCUCGAUGCCUCGAGUCUGACUGGAGUGCGGAUGUGAUGUUCCACAACUUCACCACCGUUCGCGAUAACAUGUACAAGAACGACGAGUCCGUGGACGGAAUCCUCUCCGGCUUGCCUUCGUAUCGCGUGCACGAUAAUCCAGAAUACGUUAAUCUUUUCCCCGAGGCGCGGAGAUUCGAGCAAGAGCAAUCGUUCUCAAAGACUGCUCAAGAAAUGCCAGGAGAGGAACACGAGGAGGACUCCUACGUGGAGAAAGAGUCCAGCGCGGUCAGGAACAUGUGGAGUACGUUCGCGGGAAAAAAGGAAUAA